CCCAUCAUUCUUUUCUGGGAAAAGAAACUUGAUUAUUUGUGAAAAAAUCUUCCUAAACAAAUUAGGCUCGUAAAGGAGAGAUCAUCUCCGGCAAGCCUAAUUUGAUAUUUCAAUGGCUUCCAAAACGAUCCCCUUUCUAUAUUUGUUAAUGAUUUUGAUGGCAAAGACAGAUGUAGAUGCCGUAAUAGGCGUAAACUGGGGAAGAGAGAGUGCGCAAAGAUUGGUACCGUCACAAGUUGUGGAUUUGUUGUUGCAAAAUGGGGUGAAGGAGGCUCGAAUCUACACCACCAUGGAGGAUUUAUUGCGGGCCUUCGUCGGUAGUGGCAUCGGUCUCUCGUUGACCGUCAACGAUUUAACCGUCCUCCAAGACUACAACCAAUGCCUGAAAUGGGUCCAGAGAAGAUCGCCUUAUUUCAACGUCUCCAGCGUUAGACGGAUAUACGUUGGGGUGUAUCCAUUUGUGUUCGGAUUGGUGAACAACAAAGCUGGACUGAAGCAACAUAUGAAAGUUAUGUACAAUUUACAAAAGGCAUUGAAUGACGCUGACUGGGGGCGUCAAAUUAAGGUGGUCUUCGGGCAUUCUAGCGACGAGUUGAAGCCCAACAUAACGAAGCCUUCAGAGGCCGAGUUCCUCGACGAGAUCAAGCCGGAGAUGGAGGAGACAAUUCGCUUCCUCGAGCUGAACAGCGCCCCAUUUGUGUUGGACAUGAUCCCGCCACUCGAUUUGGAGAAGUACAAGUUGGACCCGAGCUUCGCCUUCGUGGGGGAGUCGACCCAAGUCAUCAAGGACGUGAACGGGGCCGUCUACACAAACAUCUUUGACUUCAUGCACGACGCCUUUGUCUGGGCUCUCAUCAAGCUCAAUGCGACCAAAGUCAAGACCAUCGUCGGCCAAGUUGGUUGGCCUAGCGACGGCUACACCCGCGGUAAUGCCUCCACCGUGGAGCGAUUCUUCAAAGGCCUACUCCCAUAUGUGUCGAGCAACAAGGGGACCCCGCUCCGCCGUGGGGCCCCCAUCGACACUUACGUCCAUGCACUUACCGACGAAAAUAAAAUGCCCAACAAUUUCAUGCGCCAUUUGGGGAUCUACCACUCCAACGGGAAACCUAAAUUCAAGAUCGACCUGAUGGGUUUAGGUCGGGAUAUUUACCCAUCAUCGGCCAAGGGGAUCAUGAGGAUGCCAGAGCGCUGGUGCGUCUUCAAUGGGAACCGGACAGACUACCCUAUGGUGGAACAGCAACUCAAACACGCCUGUAAGAACAGUGAUUGUAGUAGUGUAUCACCGGGCAGUUCUUGCGGCGACCUCAGUCCCAACGAGAUCAUAUCCUUCGCGUUCAACAUGUAUUUCCAGUUUAACUUUCAAGACGAGAGUGCUUGCCACUUUAACGGCCUAAGCUUCAUCACGGUCGAGAAUCCUUCAACGUCCAAGUGCAUGUUCCCUAUAGAAGUGGUCCGAGGCCAGCAAGAAAAUUACUCUAGACCAAUCCCCAAGGCCAAAGGAUACCAUCACAGCCCUAAUUGUGUUGUCUCUCUAUUUUUGGUUUCACUAUUGGGGGCAUUGUUUUGGAACUGAUAUGCAUCACACAUAGCAUGGAAGUUUUGCAUGUCUCGUCUGUUAUUUCAUCGCAUAUGCAAUGUGUAGAAUGACAUCACCAUAUUACAUGUAUGUAAUUUUUUUGAAAAAAUAUUCAUAGCAAUAAAAGGGAAACUUCAAAUA